AUGGAGGAGGUCAGUGAUGGAGGAGGUCAGAGAUGGAGGAGGUCAGUGAAGGAGGAGGUCAGUGAUGGAGGAGGUCAGAGAUGGAGGUCAGUGUGGAGGUCAGUGAUGGAGGAGGUCAGAGAUGGAGAGAUGGAGGAGGUCAGUGAUGGAGGAGGUCAGAGAUGGAGGUCAGUGAUGGAGGAGGUCAGUGAUGGAGGAGGUCAGAGAUGGAGGAGGUCAGAGAUGGAGGAGGUCAGUGAUGGAGGAGGUCAGAGAUGGAGGUCAGUGAUGGAGGAGGUCAGAGAUGGAGGAGGUCAGUGA